AUGAAUAACUCACCUUUUCUUCAAAACGGGUUUAACUCACCAUCGCUUUAUACUAAUAAUGAUUCUUGCCCACCUUUCCUUUCUACUAACGACGGUUUUAACUCACCUCUAAUUCAUACAAGUGACGCUUCUAAUUCAUAUUUGCUUUAUACUAACGACGCUUGUGCAUCCUUGCUUCAGUCUAAUGACGCUUAUAGCAACUUCACAGACGAUAUAGUGGCUUCUGGGGGUAUUUUGGACGACUUUAGCGAACAACCGAUCUUGGAGAAUACUUUUGACGAAUUCAACAAUGGACAACCGAAUUCGGAGAAUGCUUUCGACAAAUUCGACAAGGAGAAUGAAUUGGAUUUUGAGGACGAAACUGAAGAUGCUGAACCUAAAUAUUCUUUAACUGUGAAUCAGGCUUUUGGAACUUGGAAGGCAGUUGAUGAGACUGAUAAGAAUUUGACUAGUCAAGAAGAGAUGGUUGGCACGAAUAAAGGAGGUGGUAAUGAUCAAAAUAAGCAUUCUUUAUCAACUACAAGUCACAAUGUUGAAAGUUUAAACUCAGAAAACAUGGUUGACCAUGCUCAUCAUGAAAAUAGGCCUCGGCACUGUGGUGCUUGUGGUCAAAUAGGCCAUAAUGCUCGUACAUGCAACUUGAAUUUUUCAAGUAAAGACCAUCGUGAAAAUGUGAAUCAAUUACCAUUACAAAUUGUAGACGAUAAUGUUGGAGUUAAUGAUCACACUAAUAAUAAGGUUCGCCACUGUGGUACUUGUGGGCAAGUAGGUCAUAACGCUCGUACAUGUAACUCUAAAAGUAGCUCGUAA